AUGUGGCUCAAUUUCGAAUACCUGCGUGGGCUUUCUAACAUUAAAAACGACACCACCAGAUUGGAAAAGAAUGACGAAGGGCAAAACACUGAACUCGCAAAUAUUCGGAAAACAAUCGAAAACAUCAAUACUACAAACGUGCAAUUAGAAAAAAAUCAACUCAAGCUUCUUGAAAAGCUUCUAAAAAACCAAGAAAUCAUUCAAAGCAACGAAGCUCGGUUUUCUGCUAGACUGGAAAAUUUAUUAGAAUCUAUUCAUGGUCAAACGAAAAGUAUUAACACGGGCACAGAAUUGAAACAACUGACAUUCCCGAAAAAAACGUGUUUAGACGUUCCGAGCUCUACAUCUGGGAUCUUUCGACUACAACCUGGAGAUUCCUCUUUUAAGGCACUGUGCGACCAAGAUUACGAGGGUGGUGGAUGGACGGUUAUUCAAAACCGGUACGAUGGUUCCGUAGAUUUUUUCCGAAAUUGGACAGACUACGAAAAAGGAUUCGGUGAUCUGCAGACGGAGUUUUGGCUCGGGUUGGAGAAAAUUCACCAGCUCACCACCCUCAAAGCACACGAGCUCCACGUAGUUCUGGAAACGUUCGAUGGGGAAAAAGCUGUCGCUAAAUAUAGUCACUUUGUGGUGGAUGGACCCAAAGACAAAUAUAAAUUGUCAAGCUUAGGCACCUACAGUGGAAAUGCUGGGGACUCGCUCAAAUAUCAUCUAAAUAUGAAGUUCACCACGAAAGAUGAAGAUAAUGACGUUGGUGAAAAAGGAAAUUGCGCUAUCACUUAUCAAGGUGCCUGGUGGUACAAAAAGUGUAUUGAUAGUAAUCUCAACGGCUUGUAUAGAAAAGGAUCGAAGACAGGAGAAGACAUGGUUUGGUAUCACUUUAAAAAUGAUAAAGCGUGUUUGAAACGAUCCAGAAUGAUGGUUCGAGCCAUAAAGUGAAAUAAUUUUAAACAUACUUCCUUAACUUGAAACAGCCAGACUAGCUUGUCGCACAACAGAUUCGGAGAAUGAAAACGAAAAAAUAAUCUGCACCAUAGGAUUAACAUUGCAGUCAUAGCUGUAUUUUCUUUAUUUG